AACUACACUCACAACAUUCAGGCAAUUCAACUUAUCGUUAUCUUGAUUGGGCGUUGUAGUUUCAUUUUGUAAGAAGAAAUUGUAUUUAAAUGUUUACUUUAGUUGGUCAUUCUUUGCAAUUAUACAAAUGUAAAACUCUACCGUACAAUAUAUUUAUUUACUCUAUGUAAAGUGCACUUAACAACAUCCGGUUGAGUUCUUAUUUUGCAAGCAGUUAAUGCAUUUUCUAUGUAAUUAAAUAUGUACUUUGUGAAAAUUAUUGCAAUGCAAUAUUUAUUUUAUGUGAAAAUUGUAUAUAAAAACUUGAUUUUAUGCACUUCUCAGUCAUAAGUUUUGAAUAAGACCAACGCACCAAUUUGAGAGUUACUCAUACAACAAUGAAAAUCAAUUUCUAUAAAGUACCGCUCAUGCUCCUACUGAUCUCAGUUGCCACAACAGCAUUUGUAAUCAGUGGAGAUGGACAACCAAACUGCACCACUCAAGAAGAAAUUAAUACUCGAAUGUUUCGAAACUAUUGGGACCCAACUUCCUAUUGGGUAUGUGAAGAACUAAACGAGCUAGCUGUUUUAGAAAGAUGUCCCGUAGAAAUGGCUUAUCAAGACAACCUCAAGGAAUGCGUUAGUUGGGAUGACUGGCAAUGGGAGCCACCAAUACUUCCUUUGACUAAUAUUGAACAAUUGUAGUUCCUUUUCAAUCCUCUGCUUGAAUAAAAAUAAUUGUUUAUCCCUUAAA